AUGAGCGGCCAAGUCCAUCGUCUGGUGCCAGUGGCAAAGGUCGUCGGCCUGGCCAGCAGCUCUAUGCUCACGGCAUACAUUGCCUCUUUCUCCAUCGCCACCGUCCCCGCCCUUUCCGCCGCCCCGGUUUCCACCACCGACAUUGCAAAGCAAUGGAACUACGCCUUUGAGCUGGGGAGAUCGACCGCCCCGCCCUUCGCCGUCACUUGCGCCUCUUGUUUUGCCUUUCUCGCCUACCAAUCUCGUCACAUCAAGGGAUCCCUCCCCGUCACGCCAUCCUUCCUCUACGCCGCCGCCGCCAUCAUCGCCCCCUGUAUCGUCCCCUACACGCUCACCAUCAUGGCCCCGACCAUCUCCGCCAUCGUCUCCAAGGCCCAGGGCAAGGCGAAUGCCCCUAGCGAGGCCGAGACCAAGGCUCUGCUGGAGAAAUGGAGGGGCCAGAACAUGCAGCGCGCUUACAUCACCGGCACCGCUGCUGUCCUGAGUGCUAUUGCUAUACUUGCCUAG